UUAUUUGGGUCUGCUGUAAUACGGUUUUGAGCCGCAGUCCACAGCGCGAGCUCCCGCCCGUCUGUCCGCGUGAAGCUCGUCGAACUGCAAGAAAACCGAACCGAACCUGAGAAGCGGGACUGGCACAUAUAAGUGAGAGUGCGAUGCUCAGGAGAGCGGAGAGGGAGUGAGGCCAUGGGCUGCACCUCAGCCAAGCAGGUGUCGGCCGUGCCCAGCGACGAGGAGGGCCGGGGCAAGGCCUACAGCAACGGGGACCUCUUCAGCGAUGAGUACAAGGUGAAGGGAGUGGAGGAAGUGAAGUACAUGCGGGGAGGAGAGGAGGACAGGGUGAACGCACGCAACCAGGAGAACCUGGAGAAGAGUGCAGUGUCGUACCGGGGCAAACAGCACAAGGAGGUCUCUGGAUUCAGUGCCAACAGGACGAAUAUCCACACGUCAGAGAGCCAGCAGGAGUUCUUCAGGAUGCUGGAUGAGAAGAUUGAGAAGGGACGGGACUACUGCUCCGAGGAAGAGGAGGAUGUGACAUAGCACGGCGGCCCCCGACUGCUUCCAGAGAGAGAGUGCCUGAGAGAGAGAGAG